UUUCGGCUGGUCCAUGAGUUUCACAUUAUUACAUUUCAGGGAAAAAGAGAAAAUCGGACCAAACUAUCAAAUAAAUGGAAUAUUUGAUGAUUGAGAUUAUAUUGAAGUUGACGUUCUGAAAUUCUUUUUUUAAAUUUCCAAUAUGUAUUGUUUUUAGUGUAAGAAAUAGCUUGUUUCAAUCUUCUCUGUUGAUUUCAAAUAUUGGAACUGAAAGGCGGGAUUCUCUUUUUAUUGCUUCAGAUCUUGUGGGAUCAGUCGACUUGCAGGGUUUUUGGAUCCAGAAUCAGAGGUAAAUACAAAGUACAGCAUUGGCUCAAUAAACACACAUUUAAAGGCAUUACGGCGCAUGUUACAUCUGGCUGAAUUCCCAGAGAAGGCUUUAGAAAUGUGUUUUAAGCUCAUCAAAAAGCAGCCCUAUUGAAUCAAGUAAAUAUGUAAUGUCACGUAACUUAUAAUAUAAUUACGCUUUCACAGAUUUUGAAAAACCCAAAUUCCGUCCGCAGUCGGACAGACCGAAUGAAAACCAGAUUGUUUUUUUUUUUCUUCCGGCAGCUAAAGAAUAAAUCAGGCUCCAAAGACACAUUUUUAGAUGCAAACUCUUCCAGUCCUCCAAUUAUUAAAAACAAAUCUCCACGCGUUUCCCUCUGGAUCGGUCGCGAAGUUUGCUGACUCCUUUUUUUUUUCCUCCGCGGCGGUCAGCGGUCGUUCACGCGGCGCGCGUUCACGGUGCGCCCUGCACGCGCUCUCAGGAGCGCGCCUCCAACAGCGAGCGACCAUCCAGCGAUGAGACGGUGGGGUCUGCAGGGCUUCCACAAUGGGAGGAGUAUGGAAGUUACCCUGAGCCCUGCCCACCAAACAGAAAAGAUAUAAGACGCUGCAGUGAAGCAAAAGGCAGGCACUUAAGCCUUAAAUCUUCAUGAAAAGACUGACUUUAGACAAAAAGAUAUUGACCUUUACUCAAUUUCCUUCAUCAGUUAUUUUAGGUGCUCAUCUCUUUGACCUCCCUGGCUUUUGAUUUAAAUAUCUUCCAUAUUUUUUUCUGAUCUGAAAUGGAUAUUUUGAUUAAUUUCUUCCAAAACUACGACUGAACAAACUUUCCCCAUUUUUUCUUCUCACUAUGGCGCUGGACACGGAGUUCGGUGUGAAGGGCAGCAGCAUCAUCAGGGAGUGGAGCGGACAGGUCCAGCCCGCUCUGGUGGCCUCCUUGGUCUUCCUCUUCUGCCUGGAAGCCUGCCUGUGGGUCAGAAACCUCAGGCUCAAGAGGAGGCUGCCGGGACCCUUCGCCUGGCCAGUGGUGGGCAACGCCAUGCAGCUGGGCCAGAUGCCUCACAUCGCCUUCGCCAAGCUCGCCAAGAAGUACGGCAACGUGUACCAGAUACGGCUGGGCUGCAGCGACGUGGUGGUCCUGAACGGAGACCGGGCGAUACGGGAGGCUCUCCUCCAUAACGGCACAGAGUUUGCGGGCAGACCGAACUUUGUCUCCUUCCAGAUGAUCUCUGGAGGCAGAAGUAUGUCAUUUAGUAAUUACAGCAAACAGUGGAAAGCGCACAGGAAAUUAGCCCAGUCCAGCCUCAGAGCCUUUACCUCUGGAAACAGUCAGACCAAAAAAGCCUUUGAGCAACAAAUCACGGCCGAGGCCAUGGAGCUGGUGCAGGUAUUUCUGCGCCACAGCACCGAUGGACGGUAUUUUAACCCUGCUCAUGAAUUUACGGCGGCUGCCGCCAAUAUCAUGUGCGCCCUCUGCUUCGGGAGGAGAUACGCGCACGAAGACCAGGAGUUCAGGAACAUGUUGAAAAAGCUGGACAAGUUCGGGGAGACGAUCGGGGCGGGCAGCCUGGUCGACGUCAUGCCCUGGCUCCAGUGCUUCCCCAACCCGGUCCGCAGUGUCUACAAAAACUUCAAAAACCUCAACGAGGAGUUCUUUGCCUUCGUGACGGACAAAGUGGCCCAGCACAGGGAGUCCUUCGACCCCGAGGUGACCCGGGACAUGAGCGACGCCUUCAUCGACGCGAUCGAGCACAGGCAGGACAGCGGACUGGACAGCGAGUUCGUGGAAGCGACGGUCACGGAUCUGAUCGGCGCGGGCCAAGACACGAUAUCGACCACCCUGCAGUGGAUCCUGCUGCUCUUGGCCAAGUACCCGGACAUCCAAGCCAAGCUGCACGAGCUCAUAGACAAAGUGGUGGGCCAAGACAGACUGCCGUCAACCCAGGACAGAAGCCGCCUGUCCCACCUGGACGCCUUCAUCUACGAGACCAUGCGCUUCACCAGCUUCGUCCCCGUCACCAUCCCCCACUCCACCACCGCCGACGUCACCGUCGAGGGUCUGCGCAUCCCCAAAGACACGGUGGUCUUCAUCAACCAGUGGUCCGUCAACCACGACCCCCUGAAGUGGAAGGACCCUCACGCCUUUGACCCGGGGCGAUUCCUCGACGAAAGCGGGGCCCUCAACAGGGACGCCACCAGCGGCGUGAUGAUCUUUUCGACGGGCAAAAGGCGCUGCAUCGGCAACCAGAUCGCCAUGGUCGAGGUGUUCUUGUUCACCGCCGUCCUGCUGCACCAGUGCAGCUUUGAGGGCGACCCCUCGGAGCCGCUCACUCUCAACUGCUCGUACGGGCUCACGCUGAAGCCCCUCCGGAUCUCUGUCCGCGCCAAGCUCAGGGGAAAGCUGCUCGGCUUGGUGUCCCCGGCGUGAGCGCCCCAUCAAACAUUAAAGUCCCGUUAAUGACGUUCAACAGUGAGUAUCGCGAUGCCUGCACUAAAUCCUACUGUCGUAUGGUUUUCAUAUUUAAUGAUGCUGUUUAAUGGCAAUGCUUAAAUGGUCUGUAUUUGAAUUGUUGUUGGUGAAGGGCUGAGGAAAUGUUGUCAAAGAUGUAAUAUUAGUUACAAAUUUGUGGAAUAAGUUCUUAGGUAUUCAAUUUCUGCUUCCCAAAUGAUUCCGUACUUGAUCAGAUCUUGUACAUAAUUCUGAGUUGUGUGCUUCCAUUAAAUCCACUACGGCUCAUGUACUUGUAUGAUGUGUUUGCAGAAGAAAGCUACAUUCCUUAAGUGUUCAUUUCAAACUAAUAUAACUGUAUAUGAAAUCAUUGUGAAUGUUAUGAAGUCACUUGAUGACUUCUUGCUCUACUAUGGAAUAUGUAAGAAUAUAUUUAACCCGUGCCACCUAAAGCAGUAACAAAUAUAUUUUUAUAUCUUCAUAUUUCAGGGGUUGAAUAUCAAUGUAAUGGAGUUUAAUGUGUUUCACUAUCUACUGUACUCAAAUCAUACGAACACAUUAAACAGAGAAAGCGGAUAAAGGCGGAGGGAAUGUGUUUUGUGAAGGAGGAAUUCUUUCAUCGAUGCCCGUCGCCGUCUUCACGAUGAAGAAGAGACAUUUCCGUGAAACCACGAGCGCUUCGCCGAGUUUAUGCAACCGGGGAUCGGAUUCACUGUAUCAGCACCGCAGCUACCCCGAUCCAAACACAGAAGCCUCACCAGCACAACAAAACCACAUGUGCAGCAAAUUCCGUUCACUUAUGAGGCGCUCUCAAAAGAAUAAAAAAAAGAGUUUGUUUAUAACGUUUUUUUUUUUUUCUCUUCAAAGCUACACAGAUGUCUCUGCAUUCAGGAAGAGACUUGUUUGUUUGCCUUGAAUGUUCAAGCAUUUUAUGUUAUCAAUAUGUUGUUUUAUAUGAUGGAAAGGUGGAACAAUAAGCUAUACAAUAAAUUUAGAAAAUUAA